AAAUAUUGGCAAGAGGAAUGCCAUAGGUUCCCAUAAACCAGCUGAGAACUAACCUUUCUAUUGCAGAGAGAAAGAGAGUUAGAGAAAGAGAAAGAGAUGAAACUUGUGCAAGAAGAAUACCGUAAAGGACCGUGGACAGAACAGGAGGACAUACUCUUGGUCAACUUUGUCCACUUGUUCGGAGAUCGAAGAUGGGAUUUUGUAGCGAAAGUUUCAGGUUUAAACAGAACAGGAAAGAGUUGCAGGUUAAGGUGGGUUAAUUACCUGCAUCCUGGUCUCAAACGUGGUAAGAUGACUCCACAAGAAGAGCGUCUAGUCCUUGAGCUUCACGCCAAAUGGGGAAACAGAUGGUCAAAAAUCGCCCGUAAAUUACCGGGAAGAACGGAUAACGAGAUAAAGAAUUACUGGAGGACUCAUAUGAGGAAGAAGGCUCAAGAGAAGAAGCGACCUAUGUCUCCAACUUCCUCAUCUUCAAACUGCUGCUCAUCAUCUAUGACCACUACUACUACUCAAGACACUGGCGGCUCCAAUGGGAAAAUGAAUCAAGAAUGCGAAGACGGAUAUUACUCAAUGGAUGACAUAUGGAGAGAGAUUGAUCAGUCUGGAGCAAACGUUAUUAAACCGGUAAAAGACAUCUACUACUCAGAGCAAAGCUGUUACUUGAAUUUCCCUCCUCUGGCUUCUCCAACAUGGGAAAGUUCCUUGGAAUCUAUAUGGAACAUGGAUACAGAUGAAAGUAAGAUGUCUUCUUUUGCUAUUGAUCAGUUUCCUCUAAGUUUUGAACAUGGUAGAUCAUCGUGGUCGUCUCUAUAAGUCUAGGAUUUGAUUCAUUUGGAAUGUUUAUAUGUGCAGCAUAUAUAUGUUAUCAAACGACUGUAGUAGUUUUCCAUGACUUACAUCAGAAAAAAAAAAAAUCCACUGUACUAAUCUCAUAUGUAGUCAUCAUCAUCCUAUGCCUUUGUUUCCUUCAAAUUUGUUAGUUUGUAGAGCGAGUGAAAAGAACACUGUGUAAUACUACAAGUCAGAACUCGAUCUAUUUCCAAAAUAAAUAGACUUUUGAAGUUUCUGUGAAAGUUUUGUAAGAAA